AUGGCUGAUGAAGGACACUACCAACCACUCCGCGGCUACAACGAACAACACAACACCACUGUUCAACAACAACCUCCAAGCAAGUCAACUCAGCUAGUUAAGGCUGCCACCGCCAUAACCGCCGGCGGCUCUCUCUUGAUCCUCUCUGGUUUGGUCUUAGCCUGCACGGUUAUCAUCCUUACCGUUAUCACACCGCUGUUUGUAAUAUUCAGUCCGGUGCUGGUUCCUGCGGUGAUCAUAGUAGCUCUGUUGACGUUGGGAUUCUUUGCUUCCGGUGGAUUCGGCGUGGCGGCGAUCACGGUGUUAGCGUGGAUCUAUACGUAUGUUACCGGUAAGCAACCACCUGGCGCUGAUCAAUUGGAUACAGCGCGUGAGAACUUGAUAAACAAAGCGCGUGAGAUUAGGGACUAUAGUCAGCAGCAAAUAAGUGGGACGCAGCAUUCUUAA